AUGGAUUGGAAGAUGAUAGUUGGAAUCAGGAUACUGUUGUUGGUUCUACUCGCAGUUGCCGCAAAAAGUGAUAAUGGAGAAAAAAAGAUUGUGUGCUACUAUACAAAUUGGUCUGUGUACAGACCAGGAACUGCAAAGUAUUCGCCGCAAAAUAUUAAUCCAUAUCUUUGCACACAUUUAAUUUAUGCAUUUGGUGGAUUUACGAAAGAUAAUACCCUGAAGCCAUUCGAUAAAUAUCAAGAUGUUGACAAAGGAGGAUACGCAAAAUUUACUGGCCUAAAAACAUAUAACAAGGAAUUAAAAGUUUUAAUGGCAAUUGGAGGUUGGAAUGAAGGUUCUAAUCGGUUUUCCCCGAUGGUAGCUGAUCCUCAAAAAAGAAGAAAGUUCGUUAAAAAUGCUGUUAAAUUUCUUCGUCAAAAUCAUUUUGAUGGCUUGGAUCUUGAUUGGGAGUAUCCAGCAUUUAGAGAAGGUGGCAAGCCUCGAGAUCGAGAUAAUUAUGCGACAUUUGUACAGGAACUUUGGGAAGAAUUUGAAAAGGAAUCUUCAAAAACUGGAAAACCUCGGCUGUUACUCACAAUGGCUGUACCAGCAGGAAUCGAAUACAUUGACAAAGGCUACGACAUUCCGAAACUAAACGAAUAUUUGGAUUUUAUUAAUCUUCUCUCUUACGAUUACCAUUCUGCAUAUGAGCCAGCUGUCAACCAUCAUUCACCUCUUUAUCCACUUGAAGAAGAUAAUGAAUAUAAUUAUGACAAUGAGUUGACAAUAGAUUACACUGUUAAACAUUUGAUAAAAAGUGGUGCUGCACGUGAUAAAAUUGUUAUUGGUAUUCCAACUUAUGGAAGAUCAUACACUCUUUUUAACGAAGACGCAACGUCUCUCGGUUCGCCUGCGGAUGGUCCUGGUGAAGAAGGAGAAGCUACGAGAGAAAAAGGAUAUUUAGCUUACUAUGAAAUUUGUGAAGGUGUGGAAAAAGGCGAUUGGACCGUCGAAAAACCAAAUGCAAAAGCAAUGGGACCAUUUGCAUAUAAAGGGAAUCAGUGGGUAGGUUAUGAUGACGAAGAUAUUGUGCGAGCUAAAGCAAGAUAUUCAAACGAUAAUAAACUGGGUGGUGUAAUGUUUUGGUCAAUCGACAACGAUGAUUUCCGUGGUAAAUGUCACGGCCGUCCGUACCCAUUGAUAGAAGCUGCUAAAGAAGCUCUUUUCGAAGAAAGUGGGAAAGGAAAAGAAGAUGAAAGGCCUAAUGCUAUAAAUACGCGAAAAAGAAGCAGAGGUACUGAUUCUUCAAAAUCUAGUCCUCAACGUAAUUCUCAGAGAUCUUCCAGUAACUCCAGUAGGAAAACUACAGCCUCACGAUCAUCUUCCGAUAAAAAAUCACCUUCGAGAAGUAGGACUAAUUCUAGAUCGAGAAAUGAAAAAAAAUCAGACGAAGAACCAGUUGAUGAAACUAAUGAUUACGUGGAAGCUACAAAACUUACCAGUAAGACAUCAAGAUCGCAAACAAAUACAAAUAAAAGUCGUUUUAGAACACGAUCAAAUACAAAUGAUAAAGACAGUCGUAGCAAACAAACAACGUCGACUACUCAGAAACCACAAAAAAAUAGAUUGUCUACACCAGAGCCUCCAACGACACCUGAUCCAGGAAGCGACUUUAAAUGCGAGGAUGAAGGAUUUUUUUCUCAUCCUAGAGAUUGCAAAAAAUAUUUUUGGUGUCUUGACAGUGGACCAAGUGGUUUAGGAAUAGUAGCUAAUCAAUUUACUUGCCCAUCAGGACUAGUUUUCAAUAAAUUAGCAGAUUCUUGUGAUUAUGCACGUAAUGUGGUAUGUCCAAAAGUUAAACCUAAGUCAGCUUCAGAUACUACUACUGUCCAAACCACCACUACUACAAAAAAAGAAAAAAUUGAUGUUGAAGAAGAAGAGGAAGAAAAAGAAGAAGAAGAGGAAAAUGAAGAAUACGAAGACCACGAUAAUAUCAAGGAAGUAGACGAUACAAAAAUUAAGGAAGAAAACAAAAGGAAAGUAAUUACAACAACAGCUAGAUCACUAUUUUAUAAAACUAUAAGCCGAAACCGACCAACUAUUACAACUACAACUACACUCUCUCCAAAGGUCGGCUCUGCUCGGUUUUCUGAUGACAUGACAGAUGAAGAACAAGAUCCGAAAGUUAUUAAAGAAUUAAUUGAACUUAUAAAAAAAGCUGGAGGAAUUGAACAGCUUGAAAAACAAUUGGCACUACAGGAAAAGAGUGUAAGUUUUGGUGUAAAUCAGGAAAGCGGACAAGUUACUGCAGCUACUAUAAGUAAAAGCUUGUACGAAAGAGUUUUAAGUCAACAAUCUGGUAAAAACAACUUCUUCAAGAUACCCACUACAAGAUUAGCAAGCACUAAAAAGACUUAUGAAAUCGAAGAUAAGGAAGAUGAAAAUGGGGGAACAAAUAAAAAAUCAAAAGUCGAAUUUGCAAAUGGUCCGGGAAGAUUUCAAUUUGAAGGUUUAGAUGAAGUUCCUGAAGUCAAAAGUUUACGGAGACAUAAUUCUCCAAAAUACGUAACUAUAGAACGACAUAGUUCUUCAACACCACCGGCCAAAACUGAUGAUAUUGAGGAUGAAGACGAAGAUGAUGUUAUGGAAGAAGCAGAUAAUGAAGACGAAGCAUCGUCGGAAGAGAAACUAAUAAGCAAUUUUCCAGAGCAAUUUUCAUCGACAACGAGGUCUACGCCAGGAUACAUAAAUAUAAGACGAACAAGGCCUGUGACCACAACAGAAUUGUCUAGAAUUGACAACAAUGUUAAAGAAUCAACAUUUAAUGAAGAAGAGCCGCAAAAGCAACAUGUACGCAGAACUUCUUUCAGGCAUACUGAUCAGAUACAAAAAGAAAACACAGAAGACAGUAUGAACAUAAGAACAAGAUAUGUAAGCGCAAAUCGUUUUCGAAGUACUACUAUGGCACCGAUUGAGGAAUUUGAACAAAAAGUCAAACAAAAUAUUUUACCUGAAACAACACUGGACGAAAAUUUGUUAAAUAAAAUCACUACUACAGUUACACCGUUGGUUAAGGAACAAGCAGUUUUGAAAACUGAAACCACAAAACCAUUGGAAGAAGAAAGUCAGGAAUCAACAAAAACUAUGAAUACGGAUUUUAAUGACGAAAGUUACGUAACCUCAAAAUAUUCGACAACCCAACAAUUUUAUAGUGAAGACCCUGUGUACGCUAAAUCAACCAUAACUCCACAAUUUCACAACGAAGACUAUUUGAUUCAAUCUACCACCCCAAAAACUUUUAGUGAAAAUGAAGGAGAUCAUGUGACUGAAGGAAAAACUAUAACAGUAGCAGGAGAAUCUGGUAGAAUAAGUAUUUCUUCAUUUUCCACAGAAACACCAUCAACAGCCCGCAUUUUCGUAGACGACUUAUCGUCUACAUUGAAAUCUUCGAUUCCAUAUACCGAAGAAAAAUUUAUUAGCACUUACUAUACUACGAAGCAAAUACCUCAAUCGACCAUUUCUCUAAAUCCCAGUACUGUUGAUAAUAGUGUAACUGAAUCGGCAUCAAGUGCCACUAUUCCAACAAAAGUAAACUCAAGGGUAACCUCAGCUGCUGUAUCACAACCACGACCAUUCGGUUUUCCUCGUAGAUCAAGACCAACAACGGCAAGCACAACAAGCAUUUUUGAAACAACACAUAAUUCUGUAACAGCAUUUGAAUCAACCCCGAAAUUUAAGGUGAGUACUAACUCGAGAAAUUUAUCGCGGUCUACAACAAAAGCACCUAGAACACGUAAAAUAACGCGGACGCGAAAUCGAGAAAAAACAACAGUCACUGUUGAUGAUGAAAACAUACAGAUGAAAGAUGAAAAUUUCCAAAUAACUUUAGACUUACCGAAUAGUCAAAAAAAUAUUCCAGCGGGAAGUAGUUCCAGGACGGUUAACUCUAAUCGAGGCUCUAGUCGGUUCAAAUCUCAAAGACCUCGAGAAUCAAAUACAAAAAGUACUGCUGCUGUUGAAAAAGAAAUUAUGAGCGGUUCAACAGAAUUUCCUAGUAGAAGGCAGCGUAAACCACAAAAAUUUACUUCAACAACUACUUACAAUGAUGUAAAAAGUUCCCCAAUUGUAUCAACUGAAAAUUCGUCGAGAAGAAGAAACUCGUACAGAAUAUCACGAACAAAAUUGGACCAACAAACUGCAGAUACUUUUAAUAGUAGAGCUCAAACAUUAAAAACUGUAGACGAAUCAAAAGAAUCUAGGGUUUCAUCAAGUACGUUUACACCGUUAAUUACUCAAGCUACUUUCAAAAGUUCCGAUGUACGGUCUGAAAGUUUAAACGACGAUUCUAAAAAAACCACUAUUAAAAAACAUGAGUUAGAGUACGUAACUAAAAAAAUUCCUUUGAAAAUGGAAGAUAGAAAAGAUAGCUAUGAAAGUUCUGAAAAUGACAGUCAAAAUGUGGAAGACUCAACGCAAACUGAGACAACUCGGUUCUUAAUAGAAGUGACAGAACCAAUUCCAACCGAAAUAAUCACAAGUACAGUUGAAGAAGAAACAUUACAUUCUUUAGAAUCUUCACAAACAACUGCGCCUUCUUUUGGAUGGUACACUGAUUUGGUGUCAAUUGAUUACUUCAAAAGUGAUACUGAAAGUACUUUAUUUGAUACGACAACAGAGAGUAUAACUGAAAAAUUCUUAGCUCCUACUUCAAGUAGUUUAAGUAGUACCCAGACUACAGUGGACGAAAAAAGCACUGAAUCAUUUACUACUUUAGGGACAUUGAACCAAAGCAGUACAGAUUUUUUUUCUAAACCAACUCAAAGAACACGAAAAGUUUUAUUAAGAAAAAAGCCUUCAACACCAUCGAUAUUAUCUAGCUCUAUCGUGCCAUUUCUUGAUACAGAAGAAGAUGAUCAGAAAAAUCCAAAGCGUAGAAAAAUUAUUCGACGCUUACGACCUAUUCUAGAAACAACCUCUAAGUUAAAUGAGAACGAAUCUAUACAAAACCACUUGAAACAUGACCAAGAGAUGCCAUCACGUAGAAGAUUGUCCAACAAAACUUUGAUUUAUGAUAAUACAGACAACAAAACUAAUACAUUAGAUGAUUCCGUAACUUCGAAAACUUCUGCUCAAAGAUUUUACGUUCGAAAGAAAACACCAGCGCAAUUAGAUGAUACAUCUUCAAAACUUGCAGAAGAAAAUAUUAUAAAAAGAAAACGUGUUUCUGAACGUCGACGUGUAUACUCAACGCCAUCUGCAAAGCAAAUCAAUAACACGCACGUAAACGAUGAAAUCGAUAGUGAACUAAAAUUUAAACAAAAUACAGAAAAUGAGAACUCUAAAUUCAUAGAAGAAAAUAAUAAUACAAAAAUUUUGAAAGUUGCGAAAAAUAACAACAGAACUUACAAACCUGGUAAUUAUAGUUCUGAAAUUACAGAAGUUAAUGAAAAAAAAAAUUCUAAAAUAACUUCAAACAGUCGCAGAGUAGAUCAUCGUAGAUCAAGAACUAGAUUCAGGGAUGAUGGCGAUGUUACAAAAGAACUAGAAUCUUCCACACGAAAAAGCAAGAUUACUCCCUUCUUUACAAAAAGUGCUAGCGCAACAGAGAACAGUUUACAAGAAACCUUGGUACAGACUAAAAAGUUUGAUUUUUUGGCUGACGCUCGUAAACGCGGGAAUCAAAUUUAUCGCACAACUCAACCAUCGAAUAAUUCAAGCUCAAUAUCGAUAUCAACUACCAAACCAUUGGUUACAAGACUUGUCACUUCAAUAAUAGAAUCUGGAACUACAGAGAGACAAAAAAUUUCAAUUAAAAAGAAAUACUCUUCUUUGACUUCAACCACUUUUAUACCAAAAAUCACAAGUGGCUUGUCACAUUUAUUUUUACGCAAACAAAAAGAAGAACGAAAAAACUCAUUACUGAACGAAAUACCUCGUAGCUUCUCCACCGAACAAAGUAUCGAAUUUUCAACUUUACCAAUCGAAAGUGAAUUCGUGGAUAAGAAGUUUACUACAGAAUCUGGUGAAGAAUCAUCAUCAACAAUUGAAAUUGAAUCAGUUUUUAGUAAUCUCAUUGGACAUUAGAAAACGUAUUUAAUAAGUAUUCAGAGAUCAUCGUCUACACUGAUUAGUAUUAAAUCAUUUCAUCAAUAUGAUCUGCAACACUUUUAAAAUUUUAUUUUCUGAACACUCUUUUUGCUCUCUGGCCUGGUAACUUU